AUGGCGGACGCGGUGGGGCUGCAGGGGAAGAGGAGUGUCGGUGUUUCGUUGCCGCUCUCCCUGUCCUCUGCAGCCGAUUGGAGGUGGCCCACUUCGGUGGGCGGUGUUUUGGUUUUAUGGGGCUGCUCCGGGUACCUCUCUGACGUAGCAGAGUUGACUGUGGAGCAGCCCCAUUGGUUUGGUGGCCUGCCUAGUAUU